UUGUGUAGAUCGUUCAGGUCUCUUCUCCAUUCAUCGACGAAACUUUUUGUUCUUCCUGGCUUUAGAUACAACACCUCGUGCAAUGGCCUUUACAGUCGCAUAACACGAGAACUCUAUCGCGUGCUUUCUACUUGGAUUGAGGGCAAAUCGGCAGCUACCUCAGACCACUUUUCCGCCUCGGCCUCCUCGUCUGUUCCCACCACAUCAGCUACUAGCGAAAACACUGAUCACUCGUCCUCUAGCGACCCCGCACGCAAGGAGAUCACGGGGGUACCUCGAGUUUCCUUGGGCAUGGCGGUAGACUCUCUCAACACUCUCUAUGGCACUCUUACCUGUAUUACCGAGUUUGGUGGCAAUUGUCUCCGCAUGCUUGUUUUUCCUCGUCUACCGGCGCUGUGCAGACGCCUCACUCGUAUGACCACUGCUUCAACUUCUGCAACUUCACAAUCCACUCCAUCAAUGUCCAAUUCAGCAGAGAUGGUGGUGGUAAUGGAUCAAGAGGGUUUUCAGCAAACCUUCAACGCUUCUGCUACGACUCUACUUUCCAACGCUGAAAUGAGGUCGCUGGACUCGCUUAAGAAACUCAUGAAUACGCGAUUCGUUAGCCUUUUGGCGGAGUGGCGUGUAAGGCAGAAUCUGCCAGUGACUCUGGAGGCCUACAAGACGGACUAUGGAGUUAUGGCCUCAUGUCUGUUUGCGGUGGCUGCGUCAGCAGAUCCACCUCGUCCUCAUGCGACAACUGCUGGUGCACUUAUCGUGACUAAACCACAGCCUCCUCUCAAUGUCUCUCGCUAG